AUGCCACUGUCCAGAGGCGACCGAGAUUCCUCCCGGAGGGCCCGGGCCCGCGCGCCUUCCGAGGCGCUGGAGCCACAAGUCCCGACGCGCCGGGGGCGAGAGGGGGCGGGGAGGUCAGAGGGCUCCCGGGAGCCGCCGGGGCAGCCCCCAAAACGAGAGUUAGCUGAAGAUAUUAGAUGUACCCGCUCCCCGCUCCGCGCGGGCCGUCGUGCAAUGCUAUCCGGGCUCCGCGCGCGCCACGCGCCCCUCCUCCUCAAGUCCGUCCUCUCUGAAACCUUGGCAGCCAAGAGGGAUCACAUUUCCUUUGUCAUCGGGCCAUUUCGCCCUCGCCUUGGUCCCCCCUCCGAUCCCGAGCUGGGGACUCGGCUCCUCCCGGGCGCGCUGGGCUCACUGGACGCGGCACCGGCCUCGCGCGCCGAGCUCUGGAGCCGCGUGGCCCAGGAUGCCGGCCAGCGCCCGCGUCAUCUUCCUUCUGCACCGAGUGGCCGAGCGGGACUCGGGUGGCCCCGCGCGCUGCGCCCUCCGGGCUGGGGUCCUGCGGCGCCCGGCCUCCUGGGGCUCUCGCAGCACCCCCCAACGCGGGCCUCGUGCGCGCGCACCCCCUUUCUCUGCUUUGCCGCCUCUUCCUCCGUCACCACCUCCUCCUCCUCUCUGGACGCCGGUUAUUGGGACUGA